GAGGGAGGAGAGCUGGCCUAUAAAGGAGUGGUAGGGAGGAGCCAGGACACCUGUGCAAGACUGAAGGGGAGGAGUCUCUACAACUGUGCAAGGCUGAAAGGGAGGAGCCAGAACACCUGUGCAAGGCUGAAGGGCUGGAGCCGGAACACCUGUGCAAGGCUGAAGGGGAGGAGCUGGAACACCUGUGCAAGGCUGAAGGGGAGGAGCUGGAACACCUGUGCAAGGCUGAAGGGGAGGAGCCGGUACACCUGUGCAAGACUGAGGGGGUGGAGCUGGUACACCUGUGCAGAACUGAAGGGGAGGAGCUGGCACACUUGUACAGGACUG